AUGCUAAAACUCCUGUCUUCCACUUCUCGCCAAAUCCACACCCACUUCACAUCCCCAUGUCUCCGAGCCACCACCGAGUCACAACCGAGUUCCUUUCUAAAAUCUCUGAGUUCACUCACUGGAUUGACUCAGAGGAACCAUAAAAGUCCCGGUUUUUAUCAAAGGGCCUUCUUUUGCUCUGAUUCUUCUUCCGGCGAUGGCGGCGAUGGAGGUGGGAUUCUCGAGGUGGAGGUCAGGAGUGGUGCCAGCAAGACGGAGGCAGAGCAUGGCGCUGCGGAUGCCAGUAGUUCCUCUGCUAUUGUGCCUACUAGUCCUAGACCAGAGGAUUAUUUAACGUGUGGGGAAAUUGGAGAAAGCGAAGGGAAUGGUGGGAUUUAUGUGUUAUUUGGGGUUUUAGAGUUAAAUUAUACAAUUGGGUUGACAGGAGUGCUGGCUUUGCCAUUGCCACAUAGACCUCUUUUCCCCGGUUUCUACAUGCCAAUUUAUGUGAAGGAUCCUAAAUUAUUGGCAGCUUUACAAGAAAGCAGAAAAAGGCAAGCCCCAUAUUGCGGUGCUUUCCUUCUUAAGGAUGAGCCAGACACCGAUCCAAGUGUGGUAACUAGUUCUGAAUCAGACAAAAACAUAUAUGAUCUUAAGGGAAAGGAUCUGUAUAAGCGUCUCCAUGAAGUUGGCUCGCUUGCCCAGAUUACAACUAUUCAAGGAGACCAAGUUAUCCUUAUUGGUCAUAGGCGACUUCGGAUAACUGAGAUGGUGAGUGAGGAUCCACUAACUGUUAAAGUUGAUCAUCUUAAGGACAAACCAUAUAACAAGGAUGAUGAUGUCAUAAAGGCAACAUCUUUUGAGGUUAUAUCAACUCUGAGAGAUGUUCUGAAGACAAGUUCACUUUGGAGAGAUCAUGUUCAAACAUAUACACAGCAUAUAGGUGACUUUAAUUUUCCAAGGUUAGCAGAUUUUGGGGCUGCAAUAUCAGGAGCGAACAAGUUGCAGUGCCAAGAGGUGCUUGAAGAGCUGGAUGUGUAUAAACGUUUGAAACUCACACUAGAGUUGGUAAAGAAAGAAAUGGAAAUCAGCAAGAUCCAGGAAUCAAUAGCAAAAGCAAUUGAAGAGAAGAUAAGUGGUGAGCAGCGUCGCUAUUUGUUGAAUGAACAACUUAAGGCCAUAAAGAAGGAACUGGGAUUGGAGGCAGAUGACAAAACAGCACUUUCUGCAAAGUUCAGGGAAAGGCUUGAACCAAACAUGGAUAAAAUUCCAGCUCAUGUUUUGCAAGUUAUAGAAGAAGAGCUGACGAAACUGCAGCUUUUAGAGGCUAGUUCAAGUGAAUUUAAUGUCACUCGUAAUUAUUUAGAUUGGUUGACUGCAUUGCCUUGGGGAAAUUACAGUGAUGAGAAUUUUGAUGUUCUACGGGCGCAAAAGAUUCUCGACGAAGAUCAUUAUGGAUUAACUGAUGUUAAGGAAAGGAUAUUGGAAUUUAUAGCUGUUGGAAAACUGAGAGGGAUCUCUCAAGGAAAAAUUAUCUGUCUCUCUGGUCCACCUGGAGUGGGUAAAACUAGCAUUGGGCGCUCCAUUGCCCGUGCAUUGAACCGGAAGUUCUUUCGGUUUUCAGUAGGAGGCUUGUCUGAUGUUGCUGAAAUUAAGGGGCAUCGUCGAACUUAUAUUGGUGCAAUGCCAGGAAAGAUGGUGCAGUGCCUGAAAAAUGUGGGAACGGCUAAUCCUCUUGUUCUGAUUGAUGAGAUUGACAAGUUGGGAAGAGGACACGCUGGCGAUCCAGCAAGUGCUUUAUUGGAGCUCCUUGACCCAGAGCAAAAUGCCAAUUUUCUGGACCACUACCUUGAUGUUCCAAUUGACCUAUCAAAGGUUCUCUUUGUAUGCACAGCAAAUGUUGUGGACACGAUACCUGGCCCACUUUUGGAUAGAAUGGAGGUAGUUGCUAUUGCUGGGUAUAUUACAGACGAGAAAGUGCACAUUGCGAGAGAUUAUUUGGAGAAGGCUACGCGCGAAGCUUGUGGCAUCAAGCUUGAGCAGGUCUCCCUCCCUCCUUCUCUCUUGAUGUCUCUGUAUGUUGAAGUAACUGAUGCUGCUCUUCUUGCUCUGAUAGAGAGUUAUUGCCGAGAAGCAGGGGUUCGGAAUCUUCAAAAGCACAUUGAAAAGAUCUAUCGCAAGAUUGCGCUGCAACUUGUGCGGCAAGGAACGAUAAUUGAAUCUGCAGUUCCAGUGGCAGAACUAGAUGCAGCAAAAGUUGUAUGUGUUGAAACCUCCACAGAAUCGGCAGAGGCUAGCAGUAACAAGCAAAAUAAUGAAAUCCUUGAAGAAGCUGAAAUUGUGCAGACAGAUCAAACCCCUGAAGAAGCUGAGAUUGUGCAGACGGAUCCUGACCAUGCACAGAGUCCAACUGAUCAAUCUACUGAUUCAAAGGAAACAAUGAAAACUGAGAAAAUUGAGGAAAGUGAAGUAACUAAGGCGGUUGAGAAAGUGUUGGUUGACACAUCAAACCUAGCUGAUUUUGUUGGCAAACCUGUUUUCCAUGCUGAACGCAUCUAUGAUCAAACUCCAGUUGGGGUUGUGAUGGGCCUUGCAUGGACUGCAAUGGGUGGUUCCACCUUGUAUAUAGAGACCACUCAAAUUGAGCAAGGAGAUGGGAAAGGAGCCCUUAAUCUUACUGGUCAACUCGGAGAAGUGAUGAAGGAAAGUGCCCAAAUUGCUCACACAGUUGCAAGAGCAAUAUUGCUUGAGAAAGAACCAGAUAACCUCUUCUUUGCUAAUACCAAGCUUCAUCUUCAUGUUCCUGCUGGGGCCACCCCAAAAGAUGGACCUAGUGCUGGUUGCACCAUGAUCACAUCCUUGCUAUCUCUUGCCAUGAAGAAGCCUGUCAGAAAAGAUCUAGCAAUGACUGGGGAAGUUACACUAACAGGAAAAAUUCUUCCUAUUGGUGGGGUCAAGGAGAAAACAAUAGCGGCAAGAAGAAGCGACGUGAAGACCAUCAUAUUCCCAUCAGCAAACAGGCGAGAUUUCGAUGAGCUUUCACCUAAUGUGAAAGAAGGCCUUGAUGUCCACUUUGUAGAUGAUUACAGCCAGAUAUUUGAGUUAGCCUUUGGGUAUGAUGAGAAUGAGAACAAGUAA